GAUGGCAUGGAUAAGAGCAUGGUGCUUGCAACACCUGGGUAUAUGGGUUCGAAUCCCUCAUGGACCCAAUUUACUAAAUGCGCUAAGCUACACGUCCCUUUGGAUAAAAGCAUCGGCUAAAUCGUAACAUGAUACUGUUUAAUUACACAGGAGCAAAUUUCUCUUUCUCUCUUUUAUAAUUGUAUAAUGAAUCCUGAAUUCUCAAUGAGAUAAUCAUUGUCUCCUCAAUAAUAAUAAUACUUUAUCUCUCUUCUCCAGCGUGUUUGUCCAGUCAAAAGUGGACUUCUAUAUCAAGGGCAGUUUAUUGGAGUUAAUUCAUGUGUUAGUCAUUGAGUCCACAGAGCUCAGUCGCUAGGCACUAAAUGAGACAUUAGGACUCAUUAAAAGCCUCACAUCUUGAAGGACUGUGACAUUUCACAGCUUCUGUGUGCGAGUUUAAUCACCACGCCUGCAAAUGUCACUCAUCCACUGGCUUGGUAGAAUGGGAGGCAUUGUGAAAGGGAGUGUGUGUGAGUUUGUGUGUGUUUCACCCGUGAGGGUGAGUUUCGUGUGUGUGUGUGUUAGACAGUCAGCCUGAUAAGUUGUUCUGUGUUUCCCCCUUCAGCCACGUCAGAUGGGACGCGCCAGGGCCUGGAGAGUAUGAGGGGAGGAGUGUGUGCCACGCAGGGCAUGAAGGUGAUCCUCAAAGUGGGACAGAACCCAUAUGGACUGCCCCCGAAACCUGCCAAACCAGACCAAAGUGCGGGCCGUACCAACACCAGAAAUACAGGUGGUGCUGGUAACGCCACCCAUCCCAGAGUUCCUAGCGAUGGCGCCGGGGAUUCGGGAGGAGCAGGGGGCGAGAACGGACCCCUCCCCCCCUCCAACGUGGCCGUCAUCGCCGGUGCUGCAGGGGGCUCCGCCUUCCUCCUCCUGGUCACCGCGGUGAUCUGCGUGGUGUGUUACCGGCGGCGACACGCCAAGCACUCAGAGUCCCACCACCCGCCCCUGUCACUCUCCUCCCUCACCAGCCCCAAGAGGCAUGGCGGCGGGCACGGCGGCGGCCAUGGGGGUGGUAACAACAACGGCUCGGAACCCAGUGACAUCAUCAUCCCGCUGCGGGCUUCGGACUCGGCGUACUGCCCUCACUACGAGAAGGUGAGCGGGGACUACGGUCACCCCGUCUACAUCGUCCAGGAGAUGCCCCCCCAGAGUCCAGCAAACAUCUACUACAAAGUAUGAGGGCAGUUGCCAUGACAACCUACAGUACUACCAACUACCAUCUUACCCUGUCCUGUACAGUACAGUACCACCUACAGCCCACCUACAAUAUACCCUGUCCUAUAUAGUACAGUACCACGUAAAACCUACCUACAGUAAUCCAUCACUGACUUACCCUCCAAAACCACCAAGACCUUCAGUCCCUUAUACAGUAUCUGAACUUCCCUAUCCAACCCCAGUCCAGCCACAGGUGUGUGCAUCUAGCUAACUGAAGAGGCCAUCCGUACGCCCACCACUCUUCACUCGACUGUGUCACUAAGCUAAGUAUGGAGGGUUUAGUAUAUAGUCCCCACCGGCCCCUUAAAAGAGGACAGGACUGGCAAGAGACUCUGGGGCCCACUUCUUUUCUUUUUUUCUCACCAUGAAUCAACCCCCCCCCCCCCCCACCCCCACCCACCAGAGCUGAAGAGAAAAGUCCCCUCCCUAUACACCAUGAGGAUAAGUGUGUGAGAACAUGCACACCAAGCUAGUGUGAGAGAACACACACUAGUACCGCCACAACUUGGACUUCUGGGACUCUGACCCCUAGGAAACCCACUGACCAACCACAUCCUGAGAUCUCUGUAUUUCUCUAAUGCUCCUGUCCUGUAUCAGACCUACCUGCCUCCUGAUUGGACCCUGAGGCUAACUGUGGCCCUUGAUGUUAUAACUCACAAAUAGGAUCCUAGUUUGUUUGUGUGUGUAUGGUUUCUCAUUGGACCAGGGGCCUCUGACUCUCACCCAAUCAGAAAGCUGGGCUGGGGUCACGUGAUCAAUCGGUCAGACCAAUCGAGUCUUAGUGACAUUCAGAAUCUUGUAUAUUUUAAUAACGUGUGUGUGUGUGUGUGUGUGUGUGUGUGCGUGUGUGGGAGACUAGGAUAAUAAUUCUGACACUGCUGUUGCACAGACGUGUGUGUGCAGUUAGUGUGCUUUAGUACAGUGUGUGUGUGUGUGUGUGUGUGUGUUAAUCUGUGUAUACGCUACAUGCGAGCGAAUGUGUGUGUUCGCGUGUCUUUAGACUUGUCUUAAAAACCAAAACACAAAAAAGUGAGUGAAUAUAAAAGGUGAGUUUUUUUUAUUUUUAUCGCUAGCAACACUUACAGAUUAUAUAUGAAUAUCCAGUCAAUCAUUUCUAGAUGUCUUGUUUUUUUAAAUAGUUUUUUAUUUUGAUUCCUCCACUUGUAAAACAACACUUCUGUUAUACUGCUAGAUCUUUUUUAUCCUGUGCUUUCUUGUUUGCUAUUUAGAAACCUGACCCUGUUUCCUUCCCCUUUGAGUUGUAAAUUAAUUGAAUCUCUUUGUUUUUCUUUCCUUGGCGAACUAAGGUCGUUUCUCUCUCCCUCUCUCCCUCUCUCAUCGCCUCCCUCUCUCCCUCUCUCCCUCUCUCCCUCUCUCCCUCUCUCAUCGCC